AUGCCUACAACUACACCUUCCGACUUUUCUACAAAACCCAAUGUUACAACUCCCCAAGGAACAUUCAUCGGAAAACAAACUUCCAAAUACCCACAAAUCCUCGAAGAAUUCCUCGGAAUCCCGUACGCAUUACCACCAACAGGAGACCGCAGAUUUCGACCUCCUGUUCCCGUGAAUGUCUCAAAUGAAACUUUCGAUGUCACGAAACCUGCUCCAAGAUGUAUAUCUGGUCCAGAUAAUGAACCUCAAAGUGAGGAUUGUCUUCAUCUGAAUAUCUAUCGUCCGAAGGAGACGAAUUCAUCACAUGAGAAAUUACCAGUUUUGAUUCAUGUUCAUGGUGGAGCAUUUAAUUUUGGUUAUGCGGAUGAUAGGGAGAUUCAAUCUCUUGUGGGUUGGUCUAAGCAACCUUUGAUUGCCAUCACGUUUGAGUAUAGAGUGGGAGCUUUGGGAUUUUUACCUUCAAAGUUGAUGGCUGAAGAAGGGGCUUUGAAUUUGGGUUUGAAGGAUCAAAAGUUGUUGUUUGAAUGGGUGCAGAAAUAUGUUUCAAGCUUCGGUGGUGACCCGGAUAAUGUUACGGUGAUGGGUCCGUCAGCUGGAGCUCAUUCUAUCGGUCAUCACAUAAUGUACAAUGAUGGCUCCCCUCUACCCUUUGCUAAAGCAAUCAUCGAAUCAGGAGGACCAACAGCCCGAGCCGUCUAUGCUUAUGACAACCCACUUCACGAGACUCAAUUCUCAGAAUUUCUCAAAAAGCUUGAUAUCCCUAGCACACCUCGCAGCGAAAUUCUCCCAAAACUUCGCAGUCUCCCUGUUAAAUCUAUAAAAGCUGCUUCAGAGCAAAUCUUUGAAUAUUACAACCCAUCUCUUCGUUGGCCCUUCCAACCCUGCGUCGAUGGACCUGGUCCAAACAGUAUUAUUCCAAUACCACCAAUUCAAGCAUUUUUAAACAACACAUACCAUCACAUUCCUAUCAUCACCGGUUAUAACACCAACGAAGGGUCAUUAUUCGUCCCUAAAGCACCUAAUAACGGAGAAUCCUUCAUCGACUUCUUUUAUGUUCUCCUACCCACUCUUUCAACAGAAGACCUCUCACUUCUCGACUCACUCUACCCCAAUCCCGAAACCAAUCCCAACUCUCCAUACGCCUUCAACAACACCGCUUUCGGCGUAGGAAAUCAAUAUCGACGACUCGAUAAAGCAUACGGAGAUUUCGCAUACAUAAGUCCCGUACGCCAAACCGCCUAUUUCGCUUCCGGCGAACAUCCUUACGAGCAAUCAUCCUCAAAUUCUCCCUCAAAUGCAACCCAACAAAAACAAGCACCAGUAUAUCUAUACCAAUACGCUGUAAACGGCAGUAUCCUCCACGGCGCCACUCACGGAGACCAAUCCCCCUUUCCAGUCUUCUCCUCCGACGUCACACACGUAUCACCCACAAUUAAAGAAAUCGCAGGCUUAAUGCAUGCCUAUUGGACAUCCUUUAUUAUUUCCCCAACAGGAAAUCCAAAUGCAAUUCCAGGUAGACAUCCUACUCGAUUGAUAUGGUCGGAAUAUAAAAGUGAGAAAGACAAAAGACAUAAAAUUGUUUUUGGAUUGGGAAAUAAUGAGAUUGCGAGGGGAAAGGAGAAGGAAAAAGGGGUGGUGGUGCAGUUGGUGGAGGAUAGGGUGGAUGAUGGGGAGAGAGAUGCUUGUGCUUUUUGGUGGGAGAGGGUGCGGUUGUGGGAGGGUUAG